GUAUCUUGUGAACACACGCGUGCACACGGUGGACAGACGUGUUUCUCUGAACAGAAUCGUGUUGGCGUGAACUUGGGAAGCGUCAUGGCGUUCAUUAAGCAGAUUGUGAGCCGCGAAAAGAGACGAUACCAGGAAGAUGGAUUCGAUCUGGACCUCACCUAUAUUUACCCAAACAUCAUCGCUAUGGGUUUUCCAGCGGAGAGACUGGAGGGGGUUUACCGCAACAACAUAGACGAUGUCGUACGGUUUUUGGACUCAAAACACAAAAACCACUACAAAAUCUAUAACCUAUGUGCAGAGCGACACUAUGACACGGCCAAAUUUAACUGUCGGGUGGCUCAGUACCCGUUUGAAGACCACAACCCCCCUCAGCUGGAGCUCAUAAAGCCGUUUUGUGAGGAUCUGGACCAGUGGCUCUCUGAGGACGAGAACCAUGUCGCAGCCAUCCACUGCAAAGCGGGAAAAGGCCGCACGGGGGUGAUGAUUUGUGCCUACCUGUUGCAUCGUGGGAAAUUUCUGGAACCUCAGGAAGCUCUGGAUUUCUAUGGAGAAGUGAGGACCAGGGACAAGAAGGGUGUGACAAUCCCGAGUCAGAGGAGGUACGUGCACUAUUACAGCUUCCUGCUGAAGAACCAUCUGGACUACAAACCUGUGGCUCUGCUGUUCCACAAGAUGGUGUUUGAGACCUUGCCUAUGUUCAGCAGCGGCACCUGCAACCCUCAGUUUGUUGUGUACCAGCUGAAGGUAAAGAUUCACACCUCGAACCCGACUCACACGAGGCGAGAGGACCGAGACAUUCAUUUCGACUUCCCUCAGCCUCUUCCUGUUUGUGGAGACAUCAAAGUGGAGUUCUUCCACAAACCAAACAAAAUGAUGAAGAAGGAUAAGAUGUUCCACUUCUGGGUGAACACGUUCUUCAUCCCAGGGCCGGACGAGAGCGGAGAGAAAGUGGAGAAUGGCUCGGCCAUGAACGACAGCGACAGCCACUCAUCCAAUCAGAGCCAGAGCUCUCCUCCUGAGCGGGAUAGAGGGAUGAGUGGAGGAGAGAGGGAGAGAGACAGGGAGCGAGAUAAAGAGAGAGAUGGAGAGAGGGAUUAUCUGAUCCUGAUGCUGACCAAGAACGACCUGGAUAAAGCCAAUAAAGACAAAGCGAACAGAUACUUCUCUCCUAACUUCAAGGUGAAGCUGUUUUUCACUAAGACGGUGGACGAGUCAUCGAACUCUGAGGCGAGCACGUCCACCUCCGUGACUCCGGACGUCAGUGAUAACGAGCCGGAUCAUUACCGCUACUCAGACACCACCGACUCGGACCCCGAGAACGAACCGUUUGACGAGGAACAGCACACCCAGAUCACGAAAGUCUGAACACUUCUCUCUCUUUCUCUCUCUCUCACACACACACACACACACACACACACACACACACACACACAUUCAGCUACCUAUAAUAGACAUGGACAUAAAAACAGCCAACCAACACCAGACGAGAAAAAAAAAAGGAGAAAACUUGAAAAAUGUACUGAAGAGAAAAGGACCUGCCCACGUCGCCGUCACGUCGCUGUCACGUCGCUCUCACGUCUGCUCUCCUGACCAAUCUCUGCUCCUCUUCUUAUUAUUAAUAUUAUUAUUAUUAUUAUUAUUAUUAUUCAGAUAUCGACCCCAUUGGCUGAGGCGAGUGGGCGGGUCCUGUAGCUACUCUGUAUAUAUAUCUAUAUAUAAAUAUAAAUCUAUAUAAAAAUCCAGUUUUGUGUCAGACGAUUAAAAACUCGGCAAUCAGGCGAGGAGAGGAGGAGCGGGACGGACGAAGAGACGCCCUCACCACACUCGUUUAUUUCUGCGUCGUUCUUCUCAUCCUCUCCUUUCUCUUCACCCAGGCCAGUGCUGCAGUCGCCAAUCGCUCCCUCCAUCUACCCUCUUCCUCACUCCCUUGUGAAAUCCCGCCCUUCCACUCUCCCUCCUUUCUUUUAUCUCUAUUUUUCUCCUCUAUGUGGGCGUGUCCUGAUAAUCAGUACGAUGUUUCCGCUGAGACACGAGUUGUGAUGUCAUAAUCGGAGUGUCUGCCACCCCCCCAAACACACACUCCCACUCAUAAAUCUAAAACAAUUCAUUUAUCAUUGCAAUUUUUCAUAUUAAACCACAGAUUUUCUCCCUAAUUUAUUCAUCAGCACCACCAGGGGGCAGAGCCUCACUCUGAUCGCACCACACAAAAACGGCUGCCCUAAAGGUAAAUGUAUACAUCAUUCAGGAACCAAAAGAGCAACAUGAAAAGGAUGAACGAUGCACGUGACUUUAAAGUCAUGCGUUGCUAGGCAACCGGAAAAUGUUUACUAGGUAGUAAAUAGCUAGCUAUUAAUUGGGCUCAUUAAAUGUUUUAAACUGACAAUGUACAGGCAAAGUGAUGGAAUAAUCCGGAACAUCAAUAUUUAUACCAGAGAUUUACAAAAAAAAAGCACUAAAACAAAAUCAUGUAAUCGAUAACGACACUCGUUUACUUGCUGAGCGUAGAAUUUGAUGUUAUAGGGGCGGAGCUAAAAAUCAGUCAUCAUUGGUUCUGCAUGUCAGGGAUUGACCUUCAGCUUUUUAGCCACCUCCUGUUGAUGUCAUGUCUAAUUAAACCCCACCCCUUUUCUGAGGUCACCCAAACGAUCUGUUAAACUCCGCCCCUUUUCUUUUGUGUCAUGGACGCAGUUGUUCCUUUGAUUGACGUAAAUCAGCACACGCCCACUUCCCUUACUGUGAACGCUUCUCGUGCUGUCCGCAACACCCGUCCUACUCGACCUUUGACCCUUCCCUUUUUUGCGCUGUGAACUAUGAAUUCUGGGAUUUGUAGUUCCUCUUCCUCGCCCCCUCGCUGUGUAUAAUGUUAAAACUUUUGCAGAAGAGAAGAAAACCCAUGUAAUUGUCCAUUGUUUUUUUGUUUUUUUUUUUAUCCUAAGAUAAUAAAUCUAUAUAAAUAUAUCUAUAUAUAAUACACAGAAGCGCAGGGAACCAGUGUUUGCAAUAAUGUUAACACUCAACAUUUAAAGGACAAACUGGUGUGCAUGUUAUAUUGGAGUUAGUGUACAUGUUUAAUAAAUGCUAUACAAUGUGUUUUUAUUAAA